AUGUUUCACUUAUUUAAAAGAAAUAAAAGUGAUUUACCAAAUGACCCUAAAGCAUUAAUUAAAUAUAAUUUUAAGAAACAAUUAGAUGUUCAUAAAUAUCAUCUCCCAAAUGACAUAAUACUCCCUAAAGGUAUGAAAAAUUCAAUUGUUGAAAAGUUAAUUCGUAAAAGAAAAAUUGCACCAAUUUAUCCAAGUAAAGAGCCUUAUUGUGACGAUGAUAAAAUAUGUAUGAUUUGUUUUCAAACUGUAAGACAAGGAAUGAAUACUUUAAGGUGUUGUAAAGGAAAACGGUUUAUUUGUACUCUUUGUUUAUUGUUCCACCCAAAAUUUAAUUUAGGACAGUGUGAAUUAUAUUGUGAUGUUUGUCAAGUAGUAACUAAAGUUUAUAUCUCCGAAAUUGAUAUAGAUCGUGAAAUAACAAAAAUUGUGAAUCAACCAAAAGAAGAAUAUAACGAGAUUGAUUUGUUAGAAGUCAUUAAAAAAUCUCAAAGAAAUGAACUUAAAACUCCUUCUUUUGCUAAUGUUCGUAAGGAAGUUAUUGAUAAAUUUAAAGAACUUGGAGUUGAAAUGAGAAGUGAUAUAUCAGAUGAUGCAUAUAAUUUGUUAGAUGUUAAUAAAAUGACAGACCCUGAUAUGGCAAUGGCUAUGAUGAUGAGUCUUUGUUAA